AUGGACUCUGUCGCCCAUCGGCCAUGGGAGCCUGUCUCCUCGGGCCCUCAAACACCCGCCGCCUCGAAUCAAAAGUUACCCUCGAUUUCAACGUUAACCGCGAGUAUGGGCAACGUCAACCCGUCCGAGAAAUCCCCCGGCAACUCCUCCUUAAACACGAUUGAACGAGACUCGGGGAAUUGGUCAAUGCCGCAAAGCACAAGAUCCUCAACCUACUCAACCACGACCAAUGGGACCGGCAACAACUAUCCCUCCCUCACGUUCCUGACCUCGACCUCCCAACCCUCACCGAACCGCGGCCAUCCCGCGCCAGACCGGUCGCCGUACCCGCAUGAUCAAUCGACGACGCCUUCCUCGGCCGGCGCGCAACAACCCUCGCCCAGCUUCAACACCUCCCUACCGAACCCGGCGCUCCCUUCGAUUAACCAGAACUAUGAUGCACCUUCGCAACGAGGCAGUGUGGUCGAGGUACCAGAGUCGCGGCGGAGUAGCGUGGAUAGCCGUGUGAACCAAGGCAUCAGCUCGUUGCAAAUCAACCCGGCCUCGCCGUACCACAGCACAAACGCGUCGCAGUCCUCGAUCGUUUCAAAUCUACAACGGGAACGAGGAAUCUCAAAUGAUAUGAACUCAUACCGGGGGCCGCGGUACUCGGCGGGCAGCCAGCCUUUGUCUCCCUUGGGGCCUCGACCGGGCGAGCACCGAUCGUUUGCGGCCGGGAGGACGGCGCCUGCGAUCUCGUCUAACCCUCGAUCGGAGAUUUACAACGCCGAGGCACCCACGGCGGGUAUGGCCUAUGCUUUCCCAGAUCCCGACGUGGCUCGAUCGAGCUCCAUCUCAUCCACUGAGAAGUCCAACCCGCCGUUCUCCCGGAAAGGGAGUACGGCAGAGUCUCUCAGUAGCAUGUACUCCGAGCGCAUGCCGCGAGGACAACACGAACUACCCCCGAAUGUACACCACCACUCCUUGCAACACAAACAGGUUCGCGAUCUAAUUGGGGAAUCCGAGUCGGGCUCCGGCAACACCCCGUAUAGUCGAACACCCGAGCUGCGCGUCACACACAAACUUGCCGAGCGCAAACGUCGCAGUGAAAUGAAGGAUUGCUUCGAGUCUCUUCGCAACCGCCUCCCCCAAACCCAGAACAACAAGUCCAGCAAGUGGGAGACACUCAGCCGGGCCAUUGAAUAUAUCACCUCGCUCGAGAAAAACCUCGCCCAGGCGCGCCAUGAGAAUUCCUUGAUGCGCGCCGAGAUAGAGGAAAUGCGCGCUCAGUUCUCCCAACAACAGGGCCACGGCCCAUCGCGACCAGCCUCGAUAUUCGAACACCACCCGAUGGCGACAACCCCGACGAACGGACAGCCGCCAGGCCCGGCGUUUGGAGGGUUCGGGAAUGGGCCUAUGGCCCAGGAUCAACCACGGACGCUACCGCCGCUCAUGAAUGGAUCCUCGGCUCCGAUGCAGGGCAUUCAGUAUACUGAUGAGCGGCGGUAG